AUAUUUUAAUCUUUAAUUUAGAACAAUUUUAAUUAAAUAUCAUUUUUUUUAUUUCUUUAAACUUUCGAAAAUUAAUAUGAUAAAAAAUUUUUGAAUAUAUUUGAUUUUAAUCUUGAUAAAGAUACAAAAUCUUAAGAAUAAUUAAAGUGCGAUUAAGAACAAAUAAAUGUAUCGUAAAAAAGAUUAUAAAACUAGAUUGAGUCGUUGGCGCAAUCGCAAAUUAGAAAUAUCGCGAGGCGCCACUGCACUCUGAUUUUAACCUUUCCCUUCCCUCGAAUAGGAGUAGCUUUCAGUAUUGAAAACGCUAUCGAAGCGCGCUGUUCUCGAAGGUGUUUCAUUAUGUUUUCAAUGAUCGUAAAAAAUUAGUUGAAUUAAUAAAUUUUUUAUAUAUUUUUCAUUUUAUAUUAUUUUUUAAAUAAGUAUAAGAAUAUUGAAUAUUACUUCUUUUUCUAUGAAUAAAUCCUAUUUGUUAUAUGAAGAUAACAAGUUUUUUUGAAAUAAAAUUUAUUUCUUCAUUGAAUAUGUGCAAUUUUAUUUUUUGAUUUUUAUUUUUUUCUUUUUUGUUGAUCGAGAUUUCUAUUACUUCAAUGAUAAAGAUUGAACGAAAUCAUAUAUAAAAUUGUAAUAUAAAAUUGUAAUAUAAAAUUGCAUAAAAUUACAAUUACAAUUAUUAUCUCGCGACGGAAUUAAAACAUUUAUGAUUUAUGUGAGUGAAAAUUUAUUUCAUUUAUAUUAUUUGUAAAAAGUUAAAAUAUCAUUCACAUGACUAUCUCGAAGAAAUUAUUCAGGAGGUGGAGAACGAAAAAUUAUAAUGAUCAAGAGAUGAUCGAGAGAUCAUCGAUAAUUUUUGAAGAUUUGUUAAAAUUUGAAAGAAACGAAAAGGGCAACGAAUGAAGAUGAAAGAAUUUCAUACGUAAAAAAAUGGCACCAUUCCAUGGCAUGGCCCUUAUAUUGCUUGGAAUCGGAUACCUGUUACACGCAGAACCGCCAUCCGGUCAUCGGACUUUAGCGGUGCAACGAUUCGAUGGAGAAAAAACCGAUAAAGGCGAACGGUCGCAACGAGGUGCGAAGAAGACAUAUUUUUAUAAAGAUUCGCCCCAAAAAGUGACCGCCGUUGUGGGACAAACUGUUGUGCUGUUGUGUCGUGUUAAGAAUCUGGGGAAUAGAACAGUGUCUUGGAUUCGAAAAAGCGACUUACACAUCUUAACGUCCAUGUCGGUGACUUAUACGAGCGACGCAAGAUUUAAGAUAAUCGGCAAUCCGGAGCAUGACGACUGGAAUCUGCGAAUAGAUUACGUUCAACCACGGGACGAUGGCAUUUACGAGUGUCAAGUUAAUGCAGAGCCCAAGAUAUAUAGGGCGAUUACUUUGAAAGUUUUGGAUGUGCAGGCAAAGAUCACGGAGCCCAAGGAAGUGUAUGUGAAAAAGGGAAGCACGAUCAGUUUGACAUGUAUCGUGGACGUGCAAGAUAUUUCUCCGAGCAACGUGACUUGGUACCAUGCCGGUGCGAUGAUCGAUUUCGACGAUCCAAGGGGUGGCGUUUCCCUGGAAACGGAGAAAGGUAAGAACGGGACCACUAGCAAGCUGCUAAUAACGCGCGCCCAACAUGACGACAGUGGUAAUUACACGUGCGUGUCGAGCAAGGUCGCUGCGAAUGUAAUGGUACACGUGUUGAACGGUGAACAUCCUGCAGCUAUGCAACACGGUGGAACCGGGAACAUCAACAGGAGGGCGAUUUUGUUCAGCCUGGUUCUCCUAAUGGACACGAUAUUUCGGUGAACGAAAACGGACGAAUUUCUUCAUUGUCCAUGCCUGUUCCCGUCAAAAAUCGUCGUCACCCGAUCGAUAUCGACGAAUCAAUGACGCGCAUCAGAGAAGGGGAGAGAGAGAGAGAUCCCCGUGAUUUAUGAGCUUCGACGUUUACCUUCACGCGAACCGAAUUUUUCUACCGAAAUCGAAAAAAACCCGCGAGAGAAGAUGAUUCGCGUCGCGUCGUCGCGCCAACGAUUUCGACAUGUAUCGAACAUGUAUGUCUUCUAACCAUCACCUGACUGUAAUAUUCUUAUAGAAUAAUAAUAAAUAUUUCGCGAUAUUCGUAUAUGUGUACGAGAUAAGAAAGAAGAAAAGAAAAAGAAAAAGAAAAAGAAAAAGAAAAAGAAAAGAAAAGAAAAAUAAGAAAAACAAGAAUUUGUUUU